AUGUUAGAUAACCUCGCAUCAGCAAUCGCUUCACUGCAAUCACAGUAUGGAGAGAUGCCAAGUGACUUCCUAAAUGAGAUGUACAAGUGGGCUCUUGAAUCUGUUGGCAGUGUAGCCCUGAAUCGUCGGCUGGGGUGUCUGGAUCCAAACAUCGCACCGGACUCAGAACCCAUACGGAUGAUUAAGCUCGUAAAUGAACUCUUUACUUCUCUGGUUGACGUAGAGAUUUCUCUUCAUAUUUGGAAGUUAUUCCCAACUCCAGCUUUCAGGAAACUCAGGAAGACACAUCAGGAAUUUCUUAAAAUUGCGGAUAAGAACAUCCGAGAGACGGAGGCGGCGUCUGCGAAGGAGCCUAGUGAUGACCGGGAACUGUACACUGAUGGAGGGACUGCUCCUCAGCCAGGACUCUCCCGCAAGGACGUGGUCACCCAUCUCGACAUGCUCUUCGCUGGCGUUGAUACAACGUCGCACAGCCUUAGUUUCGCGCUGUACCUGUUGGCUAGACAUCCGGAGGUGCAGACACGACUGCAGGAGGAGGUAGAUACUGUGCGGGACCACAAAGGUCCACUCACUUACCAACACCUGGCCAAGUUCCACUACCUCAAGGCUGUUGUUAAAGAAUCUAUGAGGGUGAUUCCUAGUGUGAUGGCGUUUGCAAGAAUUCUUGAAAAGGAUCGUGUUAUCAGUGGAUACUUAAUUCCUAAAGGGUGGUCAGUAAUGAUAUAUAGCAUGCAGAUGGGUUUGGAUGAAUCGCUCUUCCCUCGAGCAAAUGAGUUCGUACCUGAGCGGUGGUUGAGAGACAGGCCCCUGGGUCCCAUUCAUCCUUACUCCACAGCUCCUUUCGGCGCUGGCAAGAGGAUGUGCAUCGGUCGACGCAUCGCAGAGCAGGAGAUGUAUACCUUCCUCGCUAGAGUGAUGCAGCGCUUCACAGUUGAUUACAAGUAUGAAGAUAUUGAACUUAUUUUUCGUCUGGUGCUUAACUCUGAGAGACCCCUUAAGUUCAGUUUCAACGGAAGGGCGCUGAGGCACUGUGAGAGGCACUACUACUGCCAGAGGUGUUGAACUACUGUGAGAUAUACGGACGGACUACUGUGAGAGACGUACAAACUACUGUGAGCGGUGCAACGAAUUUUCAAUUUUUUGGUGCUAUUAUUAUUCUUGAUGAAAGUUCAUGUAAUGUGCUGCUGGUGUUACAUGUGUUGAAAGUGAUACCUGUGUUAUAUAUAAUACAUGUACUUCAGGUGAUAUAUUAUAAUAAUAUGCUUGAUAAAAGCUUAAUUCUUUGUUCCAUAAUAAAUCUGAAACUGUACUGAGACAGAGAACAACAAAAAUAAAACAGCGCUCGUCAUUA